AGUGACAUCCAUCCUCCGCUGCCCCGUCAUGUUCCGCACUCUGCAGCAGGUCUAUAAGAUCCCACACUGCCCUGCGUAUUCAUCAGUCAUCCAGGUUUCGGAUUUGACCAAAGUCUGCUCCGUCUCCCCCGGAAAGACAGUAAGAAGCUGAAGCCAUGUCUGCAGAGAUUGUCGUGACCCAACCCCGGCCCUUCAUCAUGAACUCUGUAUCCAACCAAUGGACCUCUGGCAUCUGUGACUGCUUCCAAGACUUGCCCCAGUGUUGCUUCGCCUUUUGGUGCUUUCCCUGCUUCACCUGUAUGACAGCGCAUGAGGCUGGGGAGUGUCUAUGUUUACCUCUGCUGGAUGCUUUUGGAGUCAUCCCACCCAUGACCACAGCUCUCAGGGUGUCAGUGCGCCAGAGAUAUGGCAUAGAGGGUACAGUCUGCAAAGACUGCGUGUACGCCUGCUUCUGCGGGCCCUGCACCUGGUGUCAAAUUUCAAGGGAAAUCAAAACACGGAUGAAACCCAUUACCUUCAUCACCAUGUCAAGCUCAUAGGCACAAAGACCGUCUUUUAUCAUCGUGUCAUCAGCAGUAAAACAAACGUCACGGCCAUCAUCAGGGACCUGUCAUCAUCAGCACUCGCAUGCUAUUUGGAAUAAGAGAGGACCGAUUGACUCAUUGACUGAUGUCUGAUGCGCUUUUCAAGCACGUCUGCUUUUGUGGAAUGUCACUGAGCUGCUGAUUAAAGAUCUGAACAUGAAAAUGAAAUGUUUCAUCACUUAAUGUAAUGAAGAGAUAAGCAGGCUCCUGACCCCUGAACUCCACUGACGUACAGGUGUACUGAUGAUGACUCUGGUAAAAGUGUAUUGGUUAUUAUAAUCUCAAAGUUUUAAUUGUGUGUAUAUAUAUAUGUAUAUGUAUAUGUGUAUAUGUGUAAUAUAUAUAUAUAUAUGCCUCCAACUGUAACUGAUAGUUGGAGGCAGUUGUAAAUCCAUGCAAUGUCCAUGACACUUUUAGUUGAUACAGAUAGUUUAUGUUGUUUAACUUGAGCCUGGUUUGCAGUUACAUGAUUUGUUCCUUCUGUUUUAAUUGCUGGAGCUUUUCAUAUCCAUUCAUAUUCAAGUAUUUUGUAUUUCAAACAUGGCUACUGUAUGUGAGUCCUCUCGAACGGUGCAAUAAAACUCUUAUACCUCAA